UCAGACCACCCGGCACCACACCAUAUGGCAUCUGAGACAGAGACAGCGCCGUCGGGAUAAAACUUGAACCACAUCUGACCUCCACAGGUGCUCUGUUACCCCAAAUGACUAGGAAUAGCAUUGUUUGUAUGACAUAAAGCACAGCUAGUACUAUUUCAGAGUCUCUGGAGCCACCAAAGCUGAAUAACUGACUAGAAGAUCUUAUGACCAUGCUCACGCCCCCGUCUGAAUUUCUGGGCGCGUGCCCCAAGUUCCGUCUCCUGGUGCUUGGAAACCCAGAGUCGACCAAGCGGGAGCUUUUUACCAAGAUAUUCGGGGUUGAUCUCGAGAAGAGACUCGUCGACGAUGCAUUCAGCCCCAGCCACAAUAUCGAGCAGGAGCUCGACCUACACGGCCAGAACUCACGCUUGGCCAUCCACACAAACCUCAACGUAGGCGCUGGCGAUGAGGCCAACUACGACCGCAUCCGAGACUUCCUAACCUCACGCGCAACGUCUUCCAAGCAAGAGGACCGGAUCCACUGCGUAUGGUACUGCGUCGCGAGCGAGGAGGACCGCUCCGUAACAGAGCUCGAACAGCGCUUCUUCUUCGGUGGCCUGCACUCGGCUGCGCCAUGGGUACCCCUCGUCUUGCUCUUCACGAAAUACGACGAGUUCGUCAGCCAGGUCAAGCUCGACUGGUCUCGUGGGGCGCAGGAGCAGGGCUUGUCAAAGGUUGCUGUGUCGCACAUUCUGCGGGACCUGUCGUCCAAGAAGUUCGAGAAACACAUCGGGCAGAAGUGGGACGAGGUGCUGGGCGGGUCGGUCCCGCGGGUCUGUGUGUCCAGCGGCGACGAGGAUGACGAUGUACGGAGCGACGAGGUGCUCGCCGAGGCGACACUGACCACCUUGCGAAACAAGAACGUCAAGUACGCCUUUGCCGCCGCGCAGAGAAACUCCGCCUUGAUAUCAACCCGGUUCGCCGCCGACACCGCCGCAACGGACUACUUCGAAGUCGACACCGGUCACGCGCGCAAGCUCCACGGCACAGCGAUGCACGACAUCCUCCCGCACUUCUUCACGCGCGCCGUGCAACUCUUCAACCUGCGCGACCCGACCGCAUCCCUCGUCAGCGACAGCACCCUCCUCACCCAGAUCCUCGAAGCCACCUUCGACGCCUCCCAGCAGGGCCUGGUCACAGAGUGCCUCGGCAGCACCGACAGCGAAACCUCCCCCAGCAGCCUCCUCGCCCACCUCACCCCGCACGAGCGCGCCGUGCUCCUCGCCCAAACCCUCACCGCAACGCUGCUCUUCCUGCACCGGCUCGCCGACACCCAAUCCUCGCCAUCCAGGUCCCUCCCCACCGGCAUCACAAGCGACACCAUCACGCGCCAGCUCGCCGAGACACGUGCCAGCGCAGCGGAGCGGCGCGCGCUGCUGGAGGCGGUGGAGAGCAGCGGGGUGUUCACGGCGUGCACGCUGCGCGGGCAGGUGGCCGAGGUGAUGGUGCGGGCGGUGCAGGGGGCGGAGCGGGUGCGGGUGAGCGAGGGGGGGAUGGGUGGUGGUGGUGGGCGGCGGCAUGCGGGGGCGGGGGCGGCGGGGCGCGGGAUCGUGGUGGUGGAGGAUGACUCGGAGCUGCAGGAGAUUUCGCUGAGUUUUGUGAAUGAUAAGGGGCCCGAGGAUAUGGUGCUGCCGUCGGGGUUGACGAUUUUGCCGCUGACUUAGGGGGUGAGCUAGGUACAGGUUGAGAGGGCAUAUGAUGGCUGGAUGGACGAAUAUUAGGACUUUCUAUUCACUCGAGGUUGGGGAUGUAUCAUUUAUUUGUCGAGUCCCCUAGGUAGUUGUUACCUUAGCCUAUGAGAUUAUUCUAGGUUGUAGUUUAGGGGUCAUAGUUCAGGUUCUUUCUCCUCCUUUAUCUUGAGCCUAAGCUUAUAACUAUAUUCACUUAAACGACGACCAACAAUAGCACUAGGGUAAAGGGCGUGGGGAGAUAGUGACCAUGGGGACAAAAGGG